AUUUUUAUUAUUUUAUUAUCAUUUUACGGUUCUACUAUUAUGGAUCAAAUUACAAGCUACUCGAAAUCAAUUUAUUCAAAUCUCAACUCAGUUAAAGCUCAUGUCAUCUUGACUCGAUAUAUUAGCGACUCGAGUCAAGCUACCCAAACUCAAACUUGACUCGCAUCAGCAUUCAGCACCCCCUAAGCUACUUAUAAUAUUAGGCCUAAUUUGUCUAUAGACCAACGAACUUGAACCUGUCUGCCUGAAACAGAAACAAAUUACGGCGGGAGAAAUUUAAACAAAUUUAGUAAACGUAACCAACUAAUCAAGCAGAAAUCAUCAUCGACAAACCAGUAAGCUAAUGAUUGCUCCAAUUUUUAAAGGAAGUGGGUUGGUUUGAUGUCAAAGUUAGAUUGCUGACAUUUAUUGUCUGAAGCACAAUGGCUCUUUUGAAUGUCAAUCCAAUGCAGCAUGUGAAUUGUUGGCUUCUUAAUAGGAUUGCUUUGAAUCCAUUAAGAGUUCACUUGAUGCCAGUGCAUACUCGAGUAGGAGUUGCUUGGAAGUCGUUGGUAGUUGAAGCGAAGUUUAGGAAAAGGGCGAAUGCUCGAAUUGAAAGUAGCAAACUCCGAAACAGACGAUUACAGAAAAAGUAUGAUGGCACAUCAACCAAACCGAGGCUUUCAGUAUUCUGUUCAGACAAGCAGCUGUAUGCAAUGCUUGUAGAUGAUGUAAAUAAGAAGUGUUUAUAUUAUGGAAGCACUUUGCAGAAAUCUGUACGAAGUGAUCCUGAUGUGAGUACUGUGGAGGCUGCGAAAGCAGUUGGUGAAGAGCUUGUAAAAGCAGCAGUAAACCUCAGUAUCGAUGAAAUAUCAUCUUACGAUCGCAAUGGCAGUGUUCGUGGAGAAAGGGUGAAAGCAUUUGAAAUUGCACUCUCUGAACAUGGCUUCUUGCUUAGAUAGACUGCAGGAUAAUCCUUGUAAGUUGUAAAUUCCUCCAUAAACCCUUAAAAUUCGCGUACAAGUUUCGAAACACAAGGUGGAUGUGCUCCUGAGAUCCAUGUUAAAUCAUAAACUUCCACACUCAUGGCACCAAGAGAUCUUGCAUAACACCAUGCAAGUAGACACCCUUUUACUCCGUAUUCAUUAAAAGCCGUAUUUAAUCAUAAAGAAGAUGAUGAGCGGAUGAACCUGAGCCCAAAACAUCUAGAAUCAUGGUCUAGACACACUUGAAAACAUAGAAAUUUGUAUUAACAAAAACCUGAGCCUUUAGGUUUUCGGUUCAGCCUAUAGAAGCAGUUAGAACCGAGGCUCAAAUCGUAUGUGAUUGUUACCUAUAAUGU